CACCAUGUAUAUAUAUAAAUCUUUCUUAUGCUUCUUUUACUUUUUUUUACCAGGCUGCACCGGUGAUGAUUUCCGAAAUUGAUAAUCAAUUUGAUAGCGAUGGUGUAAUUUUGCAUUCAUUUAGAAAAUCGCAAAGCCCAGAACAUUCUACCACCGACUCAAUUGCGGCUUUAGACGAAAAUGAAGCACCUGGAGAAAUGCCAAAUAGUGCAUAUGACGAAAAUACAGAAAAUGAUAAUGAAGGAAACAAAAAAGACAAAGAGCAAGUGCGGAGACCAAGGGACUAUAUUCGUCGCGAGUCUGCUCUAAGGAUUAAAUACAUGGAACGGAAGGAAAAAUUAAAAAUUCAAGUAGUGCAAACACAGCUGGAAACUGAGAAAGCAAAAGAGAACUGCCUUGUUAGAAAAGGAGAGAAGCAAAAUACUUCUAGAAAAAGCAAAAAUAGAAUUGGCCGAAAUAAACCAAAAACAUUCUGA